AAUCCAGAAAAUUAUGAUUCCCACCAACAUCUUUAUCGCAGCGUGGAUGUUUAUUAAUUAUUAUUACAGCCAGUUACAUAUACUUGUAGUAUCAGUUACUGCAAAACAAUUUUACAAUUAAAAAUAAAAUUUUAGGAAUAUUUGAAAUGAAGAAAACUGUAGAAAAAGUAACCGUAAUAUAUAUGAUCCGGCAUCCGGAAAAGCCGUAAAAAGUUAAAACCCUCUCCCUUCCACCAUUGUCGCCGAGCUAAAAAGUGAGCAAAUCUCCAUUUUCUCUCUCCUCCAACACACUCUCUCUCUCAUGGAGAAUUCCUCUAACCAGACCAUGACCCGGACCAGCUAUUCCAACCACGCGCCAGCUCAAAUUUAGCUCUCGCUCCGUUGACUCCAACCUCACAAUUUCUUCUCAAUUUCAGCGAUUCUUUUUCGCGAAUUCGUCCCCCAUUUUUCGGCUCAGAUCUCCCGGCGGCGGCGAUGGACGAGGACGACAAGGCCGCGCUGUCUCGGAAAUUGAUCGAUCUGAUUGGCGAAAUCUCGGCGUUUUCUGACUACAGAACUACCGUGAAGAGGCAGUACACCAAUCUAGCUCGGCGGCUGAAGCUGUUGACCCCAAUGUUCGAAGAGAUUCGCGAUAGCAAAGAGCCGCUGCCCGAGGACUCCAUCAGAGGGCUGGAGGCGCUCGCGAGCGCGCUGGAGUCGGCCAAGGAGUUGCUCCGCUUCGGCAGCGAGGGCAGCAAGAUUUAUCUGGUCUUAGAGAGAGAUCAAAUCAUGAAUAGAUUUCAAGAAGUGACAGCUGAGUUGGAGCAAGCUCUGAGUGGCAUUUCCUUUGAGAAACUCGACAUAUCAGAUGAAGUGAAGGAACAGGUUGAGCUUGUUCUUGCUCAGUUCAGAAGAGCCAAGGGGAGGAUAGAUGCACCGGAUGUUGAACUGUAUGAGGAUCUUAUGUGUAUUUACAACAAGAAUAAUGAUGCUGAAGAAGAUAUAGAUGUAUUAAGGAGAUUGGUUGAUAGGCUACAGCUUAGUGGUAUUGCUGACUUAACUCAAGAAUCAUUAGCUUUGCAUGAGAUGGUAGGAGCCACUGGUGGAGACCCAGAGGAGAGCAUAGAGAAGAUGUCAAUGCUGUUAAAGAAAGUUAAGGAAUUUGUGCAGACAACAAAUCCAAAUAUUGAUUCUGCCGCAGCCGAGAAUUCUUCCCCUACAAGUAGUGGUGGAAAAGCACUGACUGAAGCAAAUCAGAAAAACCUUGUUAUACCGGAUGACUUUCGAUGUCCUAUCUCCUUAGAGCUGAUGAAGGAUCCUGUCAUUGUCUCAACAGGACAGACUUACGAAAGGUUGUGUAUCGAGAAAUGGCUGGAAGCAGGGCAUAGUACCUGUCCUAAGACACAGCAAGCUCUCACUAGCACUGCUCUAACACCAAAUUACGUUCUUCGAAGUCUCAUAGCACAAUGGUGCGAGGCAAAUGGCAUCGAACCACCCAAGAGACCAGGCAGCUCUCGCCCCUCUAAGCCUGGAUCUGCAUGCUCCCCAGCGGAGCGAUCCAAGAUAGGAGCCCUUCUCUGUAAGCUUACAUCCGGCAACCCUGAAGAUCAACGGUCGGCAGCAGGUGAAAUCCGCCUCCUUGCAAAGCGUAAUGCUGACAACCGUGUGGCUAUAGCUGAAGCCGGCGCCAUCCCUCUGCUCGUCCAGCUUUUAUCGACUCCUGAUUUUCGCACACAGGAGCAUGCCGUUACUGCGCUUCUCAACCUUUCCAUAUGCGAAGAUAACAAGGGAAGCAUAAUAUCUUCUGGUGCAGUGCCUGGUAUAGUUCACGUGCUCAAGAAAGGGAGCAUGGAAGCACGGGAAAAUGCUGCAGCCACGCUGUUCAGCCUCUCGGUAAUAGACGAGAACAAGGUAACCAUCGGCUCUUCAGGGGCGAUUCCGCCAUUGGUGACACUUCUGAGCGAGGGCACCCAACGGGGAAAGAAAGAUGCCGCGACGGCGCUCUUCAACUUGUGCAUAUACCAAGGAAACAAGGGUAAGGCUGUGAGGGCGCGCGUCAUUCCAACGCUGAUGCGAUUGCUCACCGAACCUCAAGGCACCAUGGUGGACGAAGCGCUCGCGAUUCUGGCAAUACUGUCCAGCCAUCCCGAAGGAAAGGCAGCCAUAGGAGCUGCCGACGCAGUACCCGUUUUGGUGGACGUAAUCGGCAACGGCUCACCUAGGAACAAAGAAAACGCGGCAGCCGUGCUGGUGCACCUCUGCUCCGGCGAUCAGCACCACCUUGCCGAUGCACAGGAGCUAGGCGUGAUGGGGCCGCUGCUCGAUUUGGCGCAGCACGGCACGGAUAGGGGCAAGCGGAAAGCUGCCCAGCUGCUGGAGCGGAUGAACAGAUUUGUGGAGACGCAGAAGGCAGCGCGGGCGGCGCAGGCGGAAAAUCAGAUGGCGUCGCAAGCGCCGUCGGCAGGCAAUGCUGAGAAUAGUUGAUGAUUCUUGUUUUUGUGUUGAUUGCUAUUUGGGGUUUGUUGGUUUGAGUUAUAGCUUGGUUAGAAGGGCGAAGGUGGAAGAUCACCUGCCCCAUCCUAAUUAAAGUAAUUUAUUGGUUUUAAGUAGAGAGCAGGGAGCAGAAAGUAAAAGUGGCCAAGCUAUGACAUUGUGAAUGCUAAUUGAACCAUGUAUAAUACAAGUGUAAUCAUCCCAACCUUUUAUUUUACAACAUUGCUGUCUUCA